UUAAGAAUGUGACUCAUUUUUUACAUGAUAUCUCGUUCUUUUGUGAGACGUUCUUUGACUUGGGCGAUUAUUUUUUGCCAUGACCACAUGUCCAAUGUGGGUAGGGUAAAGAUACCCUGGAAAAGAAUUUUCCGUGAAAUUGCGCCUCCUGCCCCCCCCCCCCGUAUGCGCGGGGCCGUUGUACCGCGGCGUUUCGUGCCCCGCAACACCGUGAAAGCGGAGGAUGGCCCGUGACCGUCGGACCGUGACUGCUUUCCAGUUUCCAGCCCUCCUACAAGAGCCUCCUGACACAGUAUUUCCAAGGAGUCAGAAACGAGAGGACCGAGGUGAAAACAUACUGUCGGAUAUGACGCUGCUCAGGGGAGCUCUGCUCUUGCUGCUCGUCCAGACGGCCUUUUCAAUAGCAAACAAAGGAAAUGAUACAGUUUCAGUUUUUCCGGUAGAUGAGAGGAAUGAGAAAUGUUCCGGUCGGCUCAACAAAGUCUUAAGCUCGAUAUCGACCAAACGGACCGGAGGCCAGUCACUAGACUUGACCGGCUAUGCACUCCACCAACCACUUAGGUCUGCACCCUACGACAUGUACCUGACAGACAUGAGAAUCAGAGCGCCUGGGAAAUGGGCCAAAAUUGAAAAGUGCCGGUAUGAUCCUGGCCAGGGGACGCUGCAGACAAGGCUGGUUUUCAGGGAGCUGGCUGUGACUGGUAAGGUCAAACUUUACAAUGAAAAGCUUGAUGCACCACCUGCUGAAAAGUGCAACAUGACGCUCAGGAUGAGACGGGCAGGUCUGGGUUUCACAGUACAACCAAGUAGAGGCAGGGGUUUGGGUGUAGACACAGCCGCGACCUUCGUAGAGCCUCAGUUCAUCAGCGUACACUCCUAUGGCUGCAGAGGCAUCGAAGAUGAAGAUGCGUCAAGGAGAUCCAAUGGACCUGAAGCAAGAGAAGGCGAUCUAGAUAUGACUGUCGAGAUGGAAGAGGUUUUCAUAAGAGGAGUCAGAUCACUAUUGACCCGCUACCUCGAACACCAACUUCAACCAGCUCUGAGGGACACACUCAUGCUCAACCUAGAUCAAAAGAUUGAUAUGUCAACGAGUACGACACCACCGAACACGACAGAAGUUGUAAAGAGCACAAGAAAAAAAGGUAUAGUUCAGCCUGGACAUAAAUACCGGCUCAGAAGAUCAUAGAUACAAUCUAAAUUUAGGCUUCCAAAAAGAUUCAAAGCCUGCCAUCAAUCUCAUUCGACAAAUAGACCAAUUCUAGUUGUUGAAUUUAUAAAAUUUCUUUUUUUAAAUUGCAUAAAGUGAGAUGCACUAGGCCAUAUAAAAAUGUUUUAAGGCAGAGUAAUGGAUCAAAUUGGGCAUACUGACAGAGAUUCAACUAAAUUCAAUAGUACUUAGAAUUUUUGACAAGGAAAGAAAAUUGUACCUGAAUUGGUCUGUGUUUAAAAAUUGUCACAAAGAGAAAACAUUGACCAGGAUUUUUCCCCCUCCUUCAACUAUCAUUUGGACUUCUGGGCCGGAAAAUUUCACAUUGUGCUUCGACUUUGGCUUUCCCGACGCUUUGUACAGAAAUAUGUCCACUUGCAACGCCUCUUGCUUCUGCAUUUGUAUGGUUUCUCGUAGUUUUCUGUAUUUUUCGAAGACACACUCUAUCUUGGGGAGCUUGAGUAGCGUUUGUUUUCACUAUUUUGUUCUUGGCUUUCCAAAAUCGACUGUUGUACCCUUUCUUUGUAUUAUUUUGUGAUAUAAAUAAUUUGGUUUUUUUACAAUAGAAAGGAUUAGCAGUUUUUUUUCUUUGUGUGUGUGAAUGUCUGGAGCAAUUUUCGCCAAUAAGCUUGCAUACUUAUAAAUUUUGUUUUAUAGGUAUAUAACUUUUUUUAGAAAAUUUGAUUCUCUCAGGACA